UCUUUUAUUGUGAAAUUUCCCGCUCUGAUGGUUACCGGAAGUCGCUUUCUAUUAUGGCGGUGCAGUUCUGUGCCAGUGUGCUGCAGCUGAUGCUGGAGAAAGUUUGCCUCCUAAGCCCGAGCGGUACUUCACUUUAACUAGUUUUAUGUGAUCACCAUGGCUCUCGUCCAGAGUGACGGAAAUGUCACCGUGGAAGGGAUUCGGGGACACCUGGCUAAACUUCACUCCUUUCUCAGCGACACAGAAACGAGAAAUGUCGCCCUGCACUGUAACGAUAUUAUUGGAGACUUGGGGCAGGAAUGCAUGAUUGCAAGGACAGAAAACGAGAUGGUUCUGCAGAUGUCCCUGCUGUUCUCAAAGGAAGACGGACUACUUGGGUUUCUCAGAAAGUCCCUGAACAGCAAAGAACUCACAGAUGCCAGAGUGGAGAUCCUCAGUCUUCUGGAAAAAGUCCUCCAAAAGUUGUCUUCAACCGUUAAAGGCUGGGAGAAGAACUACGCCGUUGAUAUCAAGGAUAUAUGUCUCAUUGUGUAUACAAAGGACAAGGCAGCCAAGUGUAGAGCUCCAGCACUUGAGCUCCUGAUCAAGGUCCUUUACACGACUAAGGAUUCCAUCACAGUUCAAGACUUCAAAGUUGGUGACAUCUUCAACAAGUUUUAUGGCGAGCUUUGUAUGAAGAGUAAAUUGCCUGACACAGUACUGGGUAACAUCUAUGAAGUUCUUGGAGUGCUGGGUGAAGUGCAGCCAAGUGAUAUGGUCAAUCAUGCUGAUAAACUGUACAAGGCCUACUUGGGAGAGCUGAAGUCUCAGAUGAUGUCUCAUACAAAGGAACCCAAGCUGCCCCUUGUCGCUGGAUGCCUAAAAGGAGUUACUGCACUUAUGGUUAAUUUCACCAAGUCCAUGGAGGAAGAUCCAGGAACAUCAAAGGAAAUAUUUAAUUAUGCUCUGAAGGCAAUCAGUCCUCAGGGGGAACUGAAACGGUAUGCCGUCACCUUUGCUGGGCUCAGACUGUUUGCAAAGCAUGCUGCUCAGUUUAGCAGUUGCCUGAUGGAUCACUACAGGACGGUGUUUGAUGUCAUGUCCAAAUUGUGUGGACACCGAAAUGUGGAGAUGAAGAAGGCGAGCUACUAUGCACUGGAGUCCUUUCUCAAACAGGUUGCUGUUUUGGUAGCAGAGGACGUGGAGCUUCACAAAAGUAAGCUGAAGUUCUUCAUGCAGAAGUUUUGUAACAUCAUCAGGACUACGGAAUCAACGCACAAGGAGCUCUCCAUCGCUGUUCGAGGAUAUGGGCUUUUUGCAGCACCAUGUAAAGUUGUGUGCCCCCAAGAUGUGGACCUGAUGUUUACAGAGCUCAUCCAGCGCUGCAAACAGAUGUAUCUGACCGAGUCCAGCACAGAGGAUGACAACCUCUAUCAGCUGCCCAGCUUUCUGGAUUCCAUUGCCAGCGUCGUCUUCCACCUGGACAAGAUCCCAGAGGUAUACAGGCCAGUACUGGAGCACCUUUUGGUUGUUCAGAUUGACUGCUUCCCCCAGUUCAGUCAGAAAAUGCAGCCCGUUUGCUGCUGCUCGGUCGUCAAGGUGCUGGUUGCCAUAGCGAACAAAGGCCCAGUGCUCUGGAGCUUCAUUGCUACUGUGGUGCACCAGGGCAUGGUUCGUGUCUGUUCUAAACCUGUGCUUCUAGCUGAGGAGAAGGUUGGCUUCCAGUCUGACUUUAAAUCUGCUGAGGCAGAAGAUGUGACCCAGAUGCUGACAGGCAAACAGAAGGUCCCCUCUUACCGUGACUACCUGGAUCUGUUUGGAGGCCUGCUUGACUGUGUCCACUUAACGCACUCUGGAAUUCUUGAUGGGGCUUUUGAAACGCAGGUUGCUGCCCUGAAGAGUCUAAACCAUCUGCUGUACGAUGAAAUGAUUAAAUCUGUUCUGAAAAUUAUUGAGAAGCUUGACCUGUCUGUUCAAAAAUUGACCCCGGAGGAGGAAGAGAAAGGGGGUGAUGCCAACACCAUCCAAAUGACUUCUUCUGACCCAAUGGUGGACAUCCUUCCUAACAAGCCCAAGGACUUCACGGCCUUCAUCAACCUGGUAGAAUUGAGCAGCGAACUGCUUUUGCGUAAACACCUGGACUACUUUGAACAAUGGGUUUACCCUCUGGGUCACAAGCUCAUCCUGCAGUCAACACGAUUUCCACUGGUCAGCGGCUUCUACAAGAUGCUCUCUAUUACCAUGAAAAUAGCCAAGAAAAUCAAGUAUUUCAAGCAAGUUAACACCAAAAGCUUUGAGUCCACCCCUCAAGACCCAGAGAAGUCUGCUUGCUUUGCACUCUUUGCAAAGUUUGGAAAGGAGGUAUCCGUACGGCUGAAGCGCUAUAAAGAUGAGCUGCUGGCAUCUUGCUUAACCUUUGUCCUGUCCCUGCACCAUGACAUCAUUGCUCUUGACAUCACAACAUAUAUACCUGCCCUAAAGGCAGCGUUCAGGUUGGGUCUGAGCCACCCUCCUCUGGCCAUUGCGGCCCUGGACGCACUGGAGGAAUGGUCGUCCUGCCUGUCCCGGGACGUCAUGCAGCCCUAUUACAGGGAAGUACUGCCCUGCCUGGACAGCUACCUCAAAACUGCCACUGAAAAUGACGAGGAUGAAGAUAAGAACUGGAAGGUGACGAGUCUAUCGUCUGGGAGAGAAAAGGGGUACAGUAAACUCCUGCUGAGGCUGCUGAAGAAGUCAAAGCACCUGGCAUUGGAGGAAGACUCUCCCAGUGUGCUGGUCAGACGCAGGGUGGUUCAGCUCCUGGGGCACCUGGGUGGGCAAAUGAACAGGAGUCUAGUGACAGCUACAUCAUCUGAGGAAAUGAUGAAGAAAUGUGUUACUUGGGACUCCGAAAAGACUCUCAGCUUUGCAGUGCCAUUUGCUGACAUCAAGCCUGUAAUCUACCUUGAUACCUUUUUGCCACAAAUAACAGAACUGGCUUUAUCAACAAGCAACAGGCAAACAAAGGUGGCCGCCUGUGAGUUGCUCCACAGCCUGGUGGUGUACAUGCUGGGUAAAGCCGCUCAGAUCCCAGAGGGGGGGAAGACGACGCCUCCCAUGCACAACCUGUACAAGCGCAUAUUCCCAGUGCUGCUUCGCCUGGCAUGUGAUGUUGACCAGGUAACCAGGCAACUGUAUCAGCCCUUGGUGAUGCAGAUCAUUCACUGGUUCACCAACAACAAAAAAUUUGAAAGCCAAGACACCGUAUUGCUAUUGGAAGCCAUUCUGGACGGUGUGGUGGACCCACUCGACAGUACCCUCAGGGAGUUUUGUGGCCUUUGCAUUCAGGAGUUCCUCAAGUGGUCUAUUAAGCAGACCACACCCAAGCAGCAACAGAAGAGUCCUGCUAACAUUAAGUCUGUGUUCAAGCGCAUCUACAGCCUGGCCCUGCACCCCAAUGUCUUUAAGAGAAUGGGGGCUGCGCUGGCCUUUAACAGCAUCUACAAGCAGUUCAGGGAGGAGAGUACACUGGUGGAUCAAUUUGCCUUUGAAGUUCUGGGGAUAUUUGUGGAAAGCUUGUCUCUGGCACACACAGAUGAGAAGUCUUUAGGGACAGUGCAACACUGUGGGGAAGCCAUUGACCACCUUAAGAGAAUCAUCAAACAGAAGGCUGUUUCUCUCAACCAGGCCACCAAGAGACGAACUCCCAGGGGUUUCCCUCCAGACAAAACGGUGUCUUUGUCAGAUGUUGUAAAAUGGAUCUUGCUGCAAUGUGGACGUCCUCAAACAGAGUGCAGACACAAGUGCAUGGAGCUGUUCUAUGAAUUUGUGCCCUUAUUGCCAGGAAAGAAAAACGCUGCAUUAUGGCUUGAGGAUCUGUUGAAGCAAGAGGGUGAGGACUACCUGAUCAGUAUUUUUGAGGGUGGUGGAAACCCUGGCUUGUGUGGACUGCAGGUCCAGGCCACCAUUAUGGACCUUGAGGGGCCCUUUAGCCUGAGGGCCACACUGCAGUGGACGGAUAUGCUGCUUGCAGCCCUAGACUGCUACAACACCUUCAUUGGGCUUCACCUCAUCAAGCCACACGAGAUGCUGGGUUUGAAGAAGUCAUGCUUUUUCAAGGCUGUUCAGUUCUUUAUAACAGAACUGGCUAUGCAAGACCUAUCAGCAGCUGAGAACUGUUUCUCUGUGGGACAGAAAACUUCCCUUUUCAGCCCCAAAGAAAGAGAAGAUUACAACUACAGCAAAGGCACCAUCAUUGUACGCCUCUUGGAGUUUGUCACAAUGGUGUUGGGUCAACAGAACCUCUGGAAGCUUCUUGAAGAGAUUUUGAACUCUGCAUUUGCUGAGCUUGUGGCUGCGAUCGUUUGUGAGCCUUCAUCCAUCGGUUUCAACAUGGCCAAUAUGGAGGUAAUGACCAACUUGCCUGAGGUCUGUGUGCCUCUCCUGAAGGCCCUGUUGAUGUCACCUUUCAAAGAGAACUUGGUGGGCAGCAUCAGGAAGAGAAUGUCUCUCAAAAGGGUGGAAGAGUUGUGUGAUCUGGAUCUGUUUGACCCCGAUGCCCGCACUGGUCAUGAAAAGCUUCGGCUGAUUCUCUCUGCCUGCAAGCAGCUGCAUCGAGCUGGACUCCUCAACUCCAUUCUGUGUAGUAAGGGCUCCAGUCUUGACAUCUCGCUGGGAUCCAGACUUCUCUCAGGCGUGUACAAGGGGAUUGGCCCCAGUGAGGAGAGGAAGGCCCUCCCUACCAUGGAUGUGAGCAGCAGGAAUUUAGCCAAUGGGCUGCUCCAGCUUGCGUUCUCAUUGGGAGGACAGAGUGAGCAAGUUGUGCACUUGCUGCUGAAUACCCACAUGCUGUCAGUACCUCUGCCAGGAAGUUCCACUCGCAACUACAGCAGUUUCGCCCACGGGGAGUACUUCUACAGCCUCUUUCAGACCACUGUAAAUUCUGAGCUGCUGAAGAACCUCGAUGUCACCAUGCCGCUGCUCAUGAAGAUGGCCACUGUCAACUCCAGCAUGGCCAGCAUCAUCUUGAAUGGGAUGCUAGAUCAGAGUUUCACCGAGCGACUAAUGCACAAGAGCCAGGGCAGCAAGCUGGUGGAGCGGAUACUGAAGGGGUGGGACUUCCUGCGUCCUUGGUGGACCGGUGCCACUUCCUCCCCAGAAAGCAAGUUGGCUACCCUAACACUGCUCUCUAAAAUGCUGCAGAUAGAUUCCACCAUCUGCGCAAACCCCAGCCACCAAGCAUUUGAUGUGGUUUUCUCCACAUACACCAGUCUUAUUACUGACUCGGUGCUACCACUGAACCUCAAGACUCACGCGUUGUUGGUCCUUCCAUUUUUUACGGCUCUGCCGGAGGGGUCGCUGAUGGAGCUGCAGAAGGCGCUGGAGGUGCUCGUGGCCUCUCAUUUCCCCAUGCAGUCUGACGAGUUUCCCAAGGGCUCGUUGGAAUUCAACAAUUAUGCCGACUGCAUCAAGAAAUUCCUUGAGGCCCUGGAGUUCUCUCAGAGUCCUGUGCUGCUGAAAAUACUGGCAGAAGUCCUUUGCCGUGAUGAGAGACACGUUCUGGAGGAGCUGUUUCAGACUACUUUUAAAAAAAUUGCAAAGUGGUCGAACUGUGAGCGACAGGUGCUGCUGCUCGACACAAUCUACAGGACAUUCCAGAUGGAAGGCUCUUCUUCCAACACCAAAUGUGAUGCUGUGGUGGACCGAAUAUUGCUUACCCUAAUCCUGCACUGCAGCCCAGAUGCCGUGCGAAAGUUCUUCAUCUCUCAUGUUGCAGAACUCAUGACAUCUCUGCAGGCCAGGUUCAUUAAGUCAAGUGAAGGUGCGUUUGAGGCCCAAAUAAAUAAGAAGAAAGGCUGUUACAAGCUGCUAGAAGUGCUAUACUCGCGCCUUCCCAAAGUGGAUGUCUAUUCCAAGGAAUCGGAGAUCAACCAGGCCUUCUCUGGAACAAGCAAAGUGGAGGGGAAUGAGCUGUCGAAAACCCUGCUCAAGUCCUGCUUUGAGGCUUUCACGGAGAACAUGACUGGAGAGACGCAGCUUCUGGAGAAGAGGAGACUGUAUCACUGCGCAGCCUACAACUGCGCAAUCGCUGUCAUUAGCUGCAGCUUCAACGAGGCCAAGUUCUACCAAGGGUUCCUCUUCUCUGAGAAGCCAGAGAAAAAUCAGUUUAUUUUAGAGAACAUCAUUGACACACAGAAGACGUACAGAUUCCCCAUCGAAGUUGAGGUUCCUCUUGAGAGGAAGAACAAAUUUGUAACAAUUCGGAAAGAGGCCAGUGCGGAGAAAGAAGAAGUACCUCGGUACCUUUCCACGCAGUCGUUUAUGGCUGGUAGCAGCCUGAGUGAGGAGAUGAGUCAGUUCGACUUCUCCACGGGCGUCCAGAGCUUCUCUUACAGUUCUGACAUCACUGGCCGUCAAACAGCCGUCAGCAGCAGGGCACGGACUGAGGCAGUCCCUCAAGAUGAGACGAUAGAGCUGGAAAUGGAUGAACUGAACCAACAUGAGUGCAUGGCCACCAUGAUCAAUCUAGUCAGGCACAUGCAGAGGAACAGCAUCACCCCCAGUGUAGAGCCGGACACAGAACCGAAUGAACUUCCACCCUGGAUGAAGUUUCUUCAUGGAAAACUGGGAAAUUCUUCCACACAACUGAAUAUUCGUCUCUUCAUUGCGAAACUGAUCAUAAACACUGAGGAGAUUUUCCGUCCAUAUGCCAAAUUCUGGCUGGGGCCUCUGUUGCAGUUGGUGGUUUCUGAAGACAAUGGAGGUGCUGGAAUCCACUUCAUGGUGGUUGACAUUGUUGUCACAGUCCUGUCCUGGACCAGUCUGGUCACCCCAAAGGGUAACACAAGAGAUGAGGUCCUGGCAAAUCAGCUGCUGGUGUUCCUCAUGAAGAACUGCUUUCACAGCAAGAGAGCCGUCUUCAGGCACAACCUGGAGAUCAUAAAGACGGUGGUGGAAUGCUGGAAAGCUUGCCUCGUGGUGCCUUACAGUCUGAUAUAUGAGCAGUUUUCUGGGACAGACCCCAGCCGUAAGGACAACUCUGUGGGGCUUCAGCUCCUCGGGAUAGUGCUGGCCAAUAAUCUCCCUCCUUAUGACCCCAAGUGUGGAGUAGAGCAUGCAAGGUAUGUCCAGUCUUUGACGAGCAAUCUUACCUUCAACUUUAAGGAAAUCUACUCUGCGGCUUCAGAAAUAAUUGGCCUGAGCAUGCAGUUCAUGGCAGAGAAAGAGAAGCAAUCUGAGGGACCCCUGUUCGAUCUUGCUGCUAGUAAGCUGAAGGAUCUUAUGAAAAUGAAUAAAGAAGACAGAUUCAUUCUUUGCUUGAGUAAAGUGUCCAGACACUACCCCCCAUUCACAGAUGGGUUUCUGAACCAAGUGUUCUUCCUGUUGCCAAAGCUGCACGGCCUGCUGAAGACACACUGUCUUGAGUGUGUGCUUAGCCGGGCAGAUAAGAUCCCAAAUAUCUACUUGGAGCUAAAAACUAAGGACUUCUGCCAAGUCAUGGGUCACCGGGAUGUGGCCAGGCAGGUGGUCUGUCUAAGUAUCGUCCACAAAAUUCUGCCAAACAUGAAGCCUGAGGAAGUUCAGGAGAUCCUUGGUGUGGUGACCUCCUUCAUUAGCCACCCCUCUCCUGUGUGCAGGGAGCACAUGUAUGACAUUCUCAUGUGGAUUCAUGACAACUACAGUGACAAGGAGAGUCAGUCUGACAGUAUCUCAGUGGAUGUCUUCAGUAGAGCGAAGGACACUCUGCUACAGGGACUUGUGGAUGAAAACCAAGGGCUUCAGCUGUAUGUGCACAACUUCUGGAGCCACGAGAAGCGGCUUCCCGCGAGCACGCCCGAGCGCAUGUUCGCUCUGCUGCACUCGCUGUACUCCAGCGGGACCGAGGCUCGCUUCCUCAGCCUGGCCACCAACCUGCUUCUGGAGCUGACCAGCCGCAGCCCCGAUUACAGCCGGCCCCUGUUUGAGUACCCGCUCUCCGACUGCAAGUUCCAGGAGUAUGUGAUUGACUCCAACUGGCGUCACAGAAGUACAGUCCUCACGCCCAUGUUUGCGGAGACCCUGGCCACUCAGGCCGCGUCUGCGUCCCCGUCCGCGUCCCCGUCCCAGGACGGCGCCACGUCUCCGAACUGGGUCCCAGGAGGCCAGCUCCGUGCCACCCAGGCAACUCUGGAGUUCACCCCAACUCAGACAGCAGGCAGGCGUAAGGCCUUCAACUGGCUCACUGGCAGCAGUGUGGACACAGUGACAGAGUACACCCCACAGUCCUCUGGGUCCUUAAUGGUUUUCGGGAAGACGGACCGACCGCAAGUCUCCAGGAAGGCCUUGGGGGCCAAUUUUGGCUUAAAGCAGCUCAGCACCCCUACGGACACUGUGGACAGUAUGACAGAUGCCGCGAUGGAGAAGCGGGCUCACAUCCUGAGGCUGAAAAGAAAGUUCCUGAAGGACGCUGAGAAAACCAGCUUGAACUUUGCAAAGAAGGAGAUCAUCAAACAGAAGCAUGAGAAGGAGAAGGCAGCAGAUCAGAAAGUUCGGCGAGAUGCCCAAGUGACCCUGUACCGCCGAUACAGACUGGGAGAGCUGCCCGAUAUCCAGAUUCAGCACAGCAGCCUUAUCGCCCCCUUACAGGCUCUGGCACAGAGGGACCCUACUCUUGCGAAGCAGUUGUUCAGCUCUCUGUUUGCUGGGAUCCUGUUAGAAAUGGGAGGAGAAAGGAGAAGAGUCACAGAACAGCUUCUGGAGGACAUCAACAACUUCCUGAACAAAAGCACCAUAUAUUUCCCUCCCUUUGUCUCCUGUAUUCAGGAAAUGUGCUACCAGCACAAGGAGCUGCUGAAGGUGCAGCCUGGAGGUGUGAGCUCCAGCUGCCUGUCCAGCCUGCAGCAGCCCAUGGGCGUCCUGCUGCUGGAGGAGGCCCUGGGGCAGGACUGGAGCUCCGAGCAGCCCGCGGCUAAGCGCCCGCGCACCCAAAAAAGCAUGUCUCCCGACACAGAGCGCUGGAUCCACUUGGCCAAACUGUACAGGUCUUUGGGAGACUACGAUGUUGUGCGGGGGAUCUUCAGUGGCAAGAUUGGGACCAAAGCCAUCACUAGCAAAGCCCUGAAGGCAGAAGCAAAGAGUGACUAUGCCGAAGCAGUUAAACUCUAUAAUGAGGCUUUGAACACUGACGAGUGGCCGGACGGGGAACCCACUGUCACAGAGAAGGACUUCUGGGAUAUCGCUGCCCUAGAGGCCUACUCUCAUCUGACUGAGUGGAAGGCUGUUCAAUACUGCUGCACCGUCAACUUCGAUGACAGCACACCCGUCGGUCUGCAGAAGAUAUGGACCGAUCCCUUUUACCAGGAAGCGUAUCUGCCCUACCUGAUGCGCAGCAUGGUGAAGCAGCUGCAGCUGGGGCAGCAAGACCAGGCUCUGCUCACCUUUGUGGACAGCGCCAUGAAGGUGGAGGAGAGGAAGAGCAUCAUGGAGACCUACUACAGUCAUGAGCUCAGCCUUCUGUACAUCCUGCAGGAAGACUACCACCGGGCCCAGUACUAUGCCAAUAACAGCAUUCAGGUCUUCAUGCAGAACUACGCCAACAUUGAUUCGCUCCUGAAUGAAAGCCGCAUGACCAAACUGCAGUCAGUGCAGGCUCUGACAGAGACACAGGAGUUCCUGAACUUCAUCACAAGAGAUGUAACACCAAACUCUGUCAAGAAACUGAUAACACUUUGGACAGAUCGGUAUCCCGAUGCAAAAAUGGAUCCAAUGAACGUGUGGGAUGAUAUCAUCACGUCGCGGUGCUUCUUCCUGGACAGGAUUGCUGAGAAACUCACCACCUCAGCCUCCGGUGACAAUAUGGAGGUUGAUGGUGAUGGAGCCAGUGCAUCGAAUGUACCACCGGAUCACCCCGAGCAUCUCACUAUGAUGAUAAAGGACUGCAAGUUCAGUAUGAAACUUAAAAUGGCCGACAGUGCAUGGAUGCAGAAUAAUUUUUCAGUGGCGACCAAGUUGCUGAAAGAACUCCACAGGGAGGCGAAAUUGCAGAGCAGCUGGCUGUUGACGUGGGUCCACAGCUUCACUCGCUACAGUCACAGACGCUGCCAGAGCCAAGGCAACGCAGAACAAAUCCUGAGUGUGCUCAAGACCGUCCCACUGCUUGAUGAAACCCAGAUGACGUACACAGAUGCGACAGCAAAGUUCUUCCAGGACCAUCAUAUCUUACUGGGAACUACUUACUCCAUCUUGGCGUCCACUCUGAGUAAGGACUCAACUCUUCUGCAGACUGUCGGGAAUGAGAAGGCAGAGAGAUUGCUGCAGCUGUCUGGAACGUCUUCACCUUCCGACCCUCAGCAGGUGGUGGUGGGGCUGCAGCGGCGAGCUCUAGAGCUUCUGCACAGUGCGGUGAAGACGGCUGAGGGGAAACCGCAGGCCUGCGCGGGGGGGCUCAUCGACACCCACAGCACCGUCGAGGCCUACUUGGCCCUGGCCAAUUUCUGUGACAAAAAACUGCGAGAAGAGGAGCAGAACAUUCAUGUUUCAGAAUUCCCUGAGGUGAACACAUUCCCUGUCAUUUUGGUGGAGAUGCUGUUGAAAGGCCUGAAGAUGAACUCAGAAGGGGCUCGACUAAAAUUCCCACGACUCCUACAGAUAAUUGAGCUGUAUCCUGGAGAUGCCCUGAAUCUCAUGGCCAAAGAGGUGUUGUCUGUGCCUUGCUGGAUGCUGAUUGGUUGGAUCAAUCAGAUGAUGGCACUGCUGGACAAACAGGAGGCGAUUGCAGUGCAGCAGAUUAUCCAGGAGAUUGCGGAGUUCUAUCCACAGGCACUCAUCUACCCCUACAUGAUCAGCAGUGAGACUUAUGAGUUUCAAGACUCGGCCACUGGGCAUGCAAACAAGGAGUUUGUCACCAGGCUCAAAUAUCAGCUGGAUAAAGGGGGGGUUCAUAAAGACUUCAUUGAUGCUUUACAGCAACUCACCAACCCGGAAAUGCUUUUCAAGGACUGGUGGGACACUAUGAAGAAUGAGUUGGAGAAACCAAACACUGACAAGAAGAUGAUAAGGAACAUGUAUGAGGAAAUGCACUCCAUUCUGGGAGAUCAAAAAGGAGAAGGUUUUGGGUCUUUCCGCAAGAGAUUCAUACAGAAAUUUGGCAAAGACAUAGAGAAAUUGUUGGGACCAGGUGGCUCAAAGCUGUUUGAGAAGAGGAAGGACAAGGCCUUUCUGAAGUCAGUGGAAGCUCUCGAAAUGUCUAUGCGCAGAUUCCAGAAGGAGCCAGGGAACCUGAAAGAGUAUUCCCCCUGGAUGAGCAGUUUCAGAGCUGAUAUUCUGAAGAAUGAGCUGGAGAUCCCAGGACAAUAUGAUGGUAGAUCCAAACCUUUGCCAGAGUAUCAUGCAAAGAUUGUUGGAUUUGACGAGAGGGUGAAGGUUAUGACCUCCAUCCGGAAGCCCAAGAGACUGAUCAUUCGGGGCGAUGAUGAGCAGGAACACCCCUUUCUGGUGAAGGGUGGAGAAGACCUGCGGCAGGACCAGCGCAUUGAGCAGCUCUUCAGCAUCAUGAACACAGUCCUGUCCCAGGAUUCCAGCUGCUCUCAAAGGAACAUGCAUCUCCACACUUAUCAGGUGGUUCCCAUGACAUCCAGGAUUGGCCUGAUUGAGUGGAUAGGAAACACCUGCACACUGAAGGAAUUCCUGUGCAGCAGCAUGACUGAGGAGGAGAAGAAAAACAUUUUAAGACCGAAUGAAGCCUAUGACACUUGGCUCAGCAGAAAAGCAGGGAAGGCUGAGGGAAUCGCUCGAUACGCUGAAGCAUACAAGAAAGUAAAUCGCAAUGACAUGGUCACCAAUUUUAGGAACAUUGAGCGCCUUGUCCCAGAGGAUCUUCUGAGGAGAGCAUUCCUGAAAAUGAGCAGGACGCCAGAGGCCUUCCUCUUCCUGCGGUCCCACUUCUCCAGCUCCCACGCCCUCAUAUGCAUCAGCCAGUGGGUCCUGGGCAUUGGGGACCGCCACCUCAACAAUUUCAUGGUCAACAUGGAGACAGGAGGUGCAGUUGGCAUUGACUUCGGCCACGCCUUCGGCUCUGCCACACAGUUUCUUCCUGUUCCUGAGUUGAUGCCCUUCCGCCUGACGCGGCAGUUCCUCAACCUCAUGCAGCCCAUGAGAGAGUCUGGUCUGAUACAGAGCGUCAUGGUACAUUCACUGAGGGCCUUCAGAGCUGAUCCAGACCUGCUCCUCAACACAAUGGACAUCUUCGUCAAGGAGCCCUCUUUGGACUGGAAGAACUUUGAGCUGAAGCAGCUAAAGAAGGGAGGAACGUGGGUGGAGACCGUGAACACCAAAGAAAUCAACUGGUACCCAGUUCAGAAGGUCAACUUUGCCCGAAGAAAACUGGAAGGAGCUAAUCCAGCUGUUAUCACCAGCGAGGAGCUGAAGCUGGGCUUUGAGAAGGAGGCAGCUUUUGGAUACAUGCAGGCCGUGGUGCUGGGGCACGAGGAGCACAACGUGCGCGCCCGGGAGAAUGCAGACGGGCUGUCUGUGGAAGCCCAGGUGGACUGCCUGCUGGACCAGGCCACGGACCCCAACGUCCUGGGACGAGUGUGGACCGGCUGGGAGCCCUGGAUGUGAACAGCACCGCUUCCAACACACAAAUGCUCUUUUUCCUGUAAUUUCACACUGUCCCUUGCUGUUAAACCAUGACACUUAUCAAAGUCAUUGAGAGUCUUAUUGGAUAGAGAAGGUAAUGACAAUAGAGUUUUAGCAUGUUGUUUAUAUGUAUUGCAGGGUAAACACACAUUUAACAGGGUUCCUGAAAAGAUGUAGCUGUUCUCAAAAUAGAUGAAGAAUCCAAAUAAAUGUUCUUUCCAAAGAUAAA